UGUAUUGUUGGUCCUCAACUGUCUGAAAUCAGAAACGAAAUUUUGCUCUGUGACUAUUACAUUGGGACUAACACAGGACUUUAAACACAUCAGGAGGUUUAUUCAACCUCUGGACGAUCGGUCUGCGCAUACUGUCACUUUGUGACAAUGCACACCACACGCAGUCCCACGUCCAUUCCCAGUGGAGGAGCAGGGGAUGCGCUGGACCUCAGCCUGACCGGCUCUCAGCUCUCGGUGACCAGGAGGCCCAGCAGUGCGUCCCCGGGCAAAUACUUCUCUCGCUCCGUGUCUGUAUCCGUGGCCAGCGAAGGGAGAGGAAAACGUAACACACUGGGCGAUGCUGCGUUCAGUGGCUCCCGCUCCAUCAAGAACCUUCGGCGCUCCAACAGCACCACCCAGGUGAACCAGCAGGCCAACGUCAGCCUGAGUGAGGAGUGCUCGGAGGACUUCCAGGCCCUGUUCGACAGCAGCACAAACGGCCGCCGCAAACUGGCCAGCCUCAGCAAGGCUUCCCCGGACCGAACCACCUGGAACAUUCUGGAUGACCAGCCGCGUGUGUUCCCCCUGCCCAGUAGCUCCCGCAGCGUUGGCAGCAUGGACUCCCCCACCGGCCUGAAGAAGAGGGAGCCGGGCAGCAGUGGCAUCACCCUGGCUGCCAACUUCACCGCCAACAACAGGAGUAACAAGGGUGCAGUAGGCAACUCCGUCACCACCAUCCUGCACAACAACUACUCUGAGAAGCCCCUCACACCCAAGAGCUCCAACCAGAGGCCCUCCUUCAAUAACAUCAUCAAGGCCACGGUGCACGACGAGAGCUCCCUGGAGAACGGUUCCCUCACCAAGUCCCAGAAGAACUUCUCGUCCUCCUCGUCGGCGUCGGCGUCCAACAACAACGCCCUCCGCAGCCCCUCGCAGCCCCGCAGGAUGGAGGUGAGCGAAGAGGAGGCCGAGAGGUACAUCCAGCAGGUGAACCAGGCCGUGGUAACCAUCCAGCGUUGGUAUCGGGGCCACAUCAAGAGGCGACAGACGUCCGAAAUUGCCAUCAGACGCCUACUCAUCACCAAGAAGAAGGAGCGUGAGCAGAGACUGGAAGAGGAGAGGCCUCCGGAGAAGAGGCGGGAUGAGGACAGGAAACGCAUCAGAGAGGAGAAGGCCCGGCUGGCGCGCCUCACAGCCAUCCAGGAGCUGCAGCAGAAGAGAGCCCAGCGUGCGGCCGAGGUGCAGCAGACCGCUGAGGAGGAGGUGGAGGCCCUGAGGCGCGCCGGGAAGGUCGGCCGCAAGAAGUCCUCCAAGAGCGCCCCCGCCGACCCGCAGCCUGCCUCCCCCACCGACGUCAAAGCCAAGAACACAGAUUCCAAUGUUAACUCGGUCCCAGAGUUGGAUGACAUCCAAAACCUCAGGGCAGUGUCGCCAGCGUUGUCCGGUCGUCGGGAUUCUCAGUGCUCUCAGGAGAUUCUGGAAAGAUCCGUGAGCAUGGAGGACCAGAGGCAGGGGGCAUCUUCGAGUCGUGCCCAGUCCAAGACCACCCUCAACGACCUGCUGGACACCAUCAAGCUCCUGGAGGAGGAGCCAGAGAGGCUGUCGGAGCCCAAGAGCUACAGGAAGGAGAAGUACGCAUGGAUAGAUGAGGACGGGGACUCCACGUGUUUAACGGCGGAUAACCUGGAGCGCCACGGUCAGCUGAGCCAUCCUCCGGUGCUGCCCGAUGGGGGCGCCCUGCUGUCCGAGGCCAAGCUGCAGAGCAUCAUGAGCUUCCUGGACGAGAUGGAGCAGUCCGAGCAGGAGCGGCCGCGCUCCGUCACCUCGGGGUCGCACCGAGAGGCGCUGCUGUCUGAAGAGGAGCUGGCCGGUGUGGAGCAGGCCUCUGCCACGGCGGCCGAGGUGACGGGCACCAUGAUGAGACUGAAGAUGGACCUGGAGGAGAAGAGACGCACCGUCAACAUGCUGCAGGCCGCCCUGAAUCAACAGCGUGAGCUGACCAUCCGUCACGUGAAGGAGACGGAGAAGGAGCUGACCCGGUCCAUGCAGCAGCAGAGGGAGCAGUACGAGGCCACCAUCCAGAGACACCUCAGCUUCAUCGACCAGCUGAUAGACGAUAAGAAAGCCCUGAGUGAGCGUUGUGAGGGGGUGGUGGCCGAGCUCAAGCAGGUGGACCAGAAGUACACCAAGAAGAUCGCCCAGAUGCAGGAGCAGCACGAGAUGGUGUGGCAAAUUCUGGGUCCCUUGUGUGAGGAGAUCAAGAAGCUGAAGGAGCUGAUGAGUGCCACGGAGAAGGUCCGCCGUGAGAAGUGGAUCGACGAGAAGACCAAGAAGAUCAAGGAGAUCACCGUGAAAGGUCUAGAACCGGAGAUCCAGAAGCUGAUCUCGCGGCACCGGCAGGAGCUGCGUAAGCUGCGCGCGCUGCACGAGGCCGAGCUGCAGCAGGCGGACGAGCGCGCGGCCCAGCGCUACGUGCAGCAGAGCGAGGAGCUGCGUCUGACGCUGGAGAGGGAGCGCGACGACCACUGCCACCGGGAGCGCGAGAUGGCCAAGCAGAGGUUCGAGAAGCAGCUUCAGGAGGAGGAGACGGCCCUCCAGCAGCAGAAGCGGCGUCUGUAUAAGGAGGUGGCCGAGGAGAAGGAGCGGCUCACUCAGCUAGCCUCCAGGCAGCGGGCUGAACUGGAGGAACUGAGGAAGCAGCUGGAGGAUAACAGCUCCCAUUCUAACCGUGCACUCCGAGAGGAACUGGAGAAGAGCAGGGAUGAGCAGGAGAGGAGGCACCAGAUUGAAAUCAAGGCAUUGAAAGAAAGACUGGAGAUUGAGAAACAGACAUGGGAGGAGAACUACAUGAAAAAAGAGGAGGCCUGGCUGCUGAGUCGGGAGCGCGAGUUGAAGGAUGAAGUGCGGCGGGGGCGGGACAAAGAGAUCGAACUGGCCAUUCAGAGGCUCGAGGAGGAGACGAGUGGCGCACGGGAGGAGUGCGAGAGAGCUGCUGACAACAGGGUGAAGCGCGUGCGCGAUAAGUACGAGGCGGAGCUGCGGGAGCUGGAACGGUCGGAGCGGGCGGCGCAGGAGAAGCAGCAGGAGCUCAGGAGGAGGCAGGGAGACACGGAGGCCCAGCUACUGCACCUACAGACCACGUUACGCCACAGAGAGCAGGAGAUGCAGGAGGUCACGGAGUCUCGGGACAAGCUGGCGGAGGAGCGGCGGAGCCUGGCCGAGGUGAUCCGGCAGGAGUUCGCCGAGCGGCUGGUGCAGACGGAGGAGGAGAACCGCCGCAUGAAGGCCGAGGUGGCCGAGGGCCGGGCUCGCCUGCGCCUGGAGGUCGAGCGCGUCUCCCGCGAGAAGGAGGAGGAGCUGGCCGAGGUGCACCAACGUGUAAAGUCAGCCAUCUUGAAGAAAGAGGACACUGUCAACAACCUGCGCAAGCAGCACGAGGCGGCGGUGAAGAGAGCGGACCACCUGGAGGCAUUGCUGGAGCAACAGCGGAAGCAGCUGUUGGGGAAAUAGCACACUGGGCAGGGGCCUAUCGCAGAGGCCACGCCCCUAUGCAUCAUGCAUUCU